ACAGUGAGCCGUUGGGAGGUGUCUACGCGCUCGUGUGUCCUAUUUAGUAACUUUUGCUCAUUUAUAAAUACGUAACUGAAAUAUAAGGCUGUUGAAAGUCUGAAGGAUAUUUCCAACAUAUGUCAAGCUGAGCCCGUGCUCUGACAAUAUUUACUCAAAAGACUCUUUUGUUUGGAGUGUGAUUGUAUUGAACUUGGUCCAUUGUUGUUGGCUGAGAGGAGCUCAACUUGGCAUUUGGGCCCCUGGGAUCCAAGAGAAGGAACCACAAAUUGGUCAGUUUGCAGAUGCUUCAGGAAGGACACUGAUGUGCUCCUUGAGGAAUAAAAUGGCCAUUUGUCUUAGUUUCAUAGAGGAGUCUUCAUCCUGACCAUUGUCCUGGAUCUACAUAGUUUGUGAAAAGAGUGACCUGUAUCUUGGUGACGAAAGACUUUGAUUCUGUUAGACAAUAUUUGAGAAUAUCAUCAUGCCGAUUCUGAAGCAGUUUGUGUCCACGUCCUCGCAGUCAAAACGGCGAUCUCGAGUUGACCUCACUGCAGAAAUGAUAAGUGCACCUCUGGGAGAUUUCCGGCACACUAUGCAUGUGGGACGAGGAGGAGAUGCAUUUGGUGACACCUCCUUUUUAAGCACUCGCUCUGGGGAACCACCACGGGAACCUGAGGUGCAACAGCACUCACCUAAACAGAGCCUUCUGUCCCGUACAUUCAGAAGCAGCAAGCGCUCCCAGUCUGUCAAUCGUGAUAAGCCUGACAAAGCCAAACUGGUGCCCCCUGUUGGCUCACCAAGUUACGUAAAGAAUGCAAUCUCGCUGCCAUAUUUAAACGACGAUGACGUUGGACAAGGCCAAAUCCACUUUCCCAAGAGCGUGUCCUCUAGUCCUCUAAAGAACUUUCCAGAAGUCGAUGGAAAGCCGCUUAAUGGAGCUGUAGCAACCACUGUAUCAGACUUGGAGCUUGACGAGCGGAAUUUUGGUGAGCUGACUGACUUGCGUCCAUCAGUUCCAUACACCGGAGGCAUGAAACAUGCAGAGUCCGUCAUGUCCUUUCAUGUCGAUCUUGGGCCCUCCAUGUUGGGGGACAUCCUGAGUGUGAUGGACAAGAAAGGCUGGGAUGAUGACGAUCUCGGAUUCGAAGAGGGAAAAAGUAUUGAGGGAUGCAGUUCGCCACCCCAGAGCCCUCCCAGCGAGGUUGAGGAAGAGGAGCCCCUUCCUCCAGUCCGACCUCCACGCCAGAGGUCUGGCACCACCCCUUACACUCCAGAGCUCCAUAAUAGGAACCAUCAGCACUUGGACAGCUGUUCCAUUUCCAGUUCAGGCUCCACUGUCCUGGAAGAAAAAACCCACAACCAUUAUGACGGAAACAUGGAUGACGUCAAGUACAGCUCACCCAGAGUGCACGACAACAGGGACUUCUCUUACAUGGAUGAUGACGAUGAUGAUGACGAGAUUAGGGUGUAAAGUAAACCUUUGGGUGCCAGAUUGGUCUUUGUAAGGACUGAAAGAAGGGGUGGAGGUGGGUUGGGCUUGAUUGGUGGAUGUUCAGGCUAGCACACGGAUUUAGAGGACUGUUUAUUUUAUGGAGACGAAACGGAAAACGUAUGUUUAAGCCCUAGCUAACCUACAACUCUCAGUAUGCUAUUUUCACUACAAAUCCUAAUUCAGGUAUACAAACUCUCUCUGUUACUAGUGACUUUCACCAGAUCGGCCCCAGCUGUGAGAAGAAUGUGCUUGCGUGUUUGUUUGAUUGUGUAUGCCAAGGGAAUGGAAUUCCAUUUCAGAAUGGUAAUUACUGUCCAGUGAGUAUCAUUAAUGAAUUUCGGUGUUGACCACUGAGAGUGCUGAUACAAGAGGUUUGUGUGGAACCAAACUUCAUAUUCUUCCAUGACCUUUGGACUUGUUGACAACGCAGUACUCUGUUAAAACUUGCCUAUGCCUUCUCUGAAAAGCACUUCCAAACUAACACCCAACAGUCUUAAGGUUUCUGUGUUUUACAGUUUUUGUCCUCAUGGAUUCCAUCAUUAAUUUAUAUUUCAGAAUUUUGUCUUGUACACAAAACCGAAAUGAUGUAAAGGAUUUUAAGAAUAGUUCACCCAAAAAUGAACUGCGGAACACAAAAUUAGACAUUUUAAUGAAUAUCUACAUCCAUCAUGUCAAUACAAUGAUAGUGCCUCACUUUAAAUCUUAUAAAAGGACACCAAAACCUAUGGUAUACCAUUAGAAGGCUUGGAAUAUAUCUUUUUAUUCUAUUUUUGGGUCAUUUUUAAUGUUUAGAGACAAUAUCCACUGCCAUUUUAUUGAAAACAUGGACUGCAUUAUUCAUUAAAACUUCUCUUUUUGUGUUCUGCAUAAGCAUUUAUAUUUUUGGGAGAAUUAUUCAAGUGCUGAUUGGAAUACCAUAAACAUGUUUAAAGUUUGAAACCUCCAUUUAUUUCCAGUUUCCUGUUUUUCAUAGUAUGUGGCUAUUGAGAGCAUUUACGAAUGUGUUUUCGGUGGAGGAAAAUGCCAUUUUAGUGUGGAUGAGCGGCGUAAAUGUAGAAAAAUCGAUGCAUUUUCAAAUGAAAACGGAUUAGUGUGAACUUAAUCUCUAAUAUGUUAUCUUUUUAUCAUGUGGGGGUUGUUUAUUUUGUAUAUCUGGACAUUGUCAUGUGCUUUGUGCAUGUUAAAGGAUUUCUUGUCAGGUCACAUUCAAUUCUUAAUUAUUUAGACGUGUAGAAGUUCAGAUUGAUAAAUGAAAGAGAAAACAAAUGCAACGUGGCAUUGCAUUACAUGACAGCAGCAGAAUCAGAGUGGCUGGAGUUGAACAAAUGACUUAGUUAAAAUACUAGUCAGUUAUUUCUGCAAAUGUGUGAAUGAAAAAAGAUUAAUGUCAAGAGGGCUAUACAGAAGUAUAUUUUGAUUUGUGUCGUAUAGGCUCAGAGAGAUAAAGAGUAUAGAUGUCUUAUAUUCAGGGGCUGGAGUAGUGCCUUGAACUUCAAACAAUGCUCAUCAACAGAAGUGGUUGUAGAGGGUUUUCAUUUCUCAGUGAUUCUUGUAAUUCUUUCUAUCUAUCGAUAUAUUUAGGUUUUGAAAAGAGAUCAAUGCCCUAUGAUGAGACUGUACUUGUAAAGCCAAUAGCCACUUGGUGCCAUAACCUUUAUUGAUUUUUGCAUCAGUUAAAUAUAGACGAAAUAAAAUGUCUUAAUAUUUAGUCCUUUUGGAAAUUAUAACGAACUUGAUAGAGUAAGCAUUUUUCUGUGAAGGUGAAUAUGAAGUGUCUAAUUUCAGCAUCACUUGCGGCACCAAACGAAAUUGCAAUCAUAACAACAAUGUCUUAACCAGUAGCUUGUCCAAUUGUCUUUUUGCAAUUCUGUUUGGUGCUGUUGGUGACUAAAGGCCCUCUUUAAUAUAAGUAGGUAUUGUUGUAGCCAGAAAUCUCCAAAUGGGGACAGAAGCUCCAAAAGAGGGUGGGAAAACUCCAUAAGGAGUUAGGGUUAGCGCCUGUGUAUGUCUUUGCUGGUGGUUUGGAACUCCCGCACCUUUUUGGAGCUCGCCUGCAGUUAUGUCCAUCUCCUAUAAUGAGACCUUCAUAAACUACCAAGAACAAAAAAGAUGCUAACAGUUACCAAGUUUGCUGGCAAGAUGCUGUUCAUAUCACUCCAGUAGGCUCCACAUUAUCAUGAAAAAAAAAAAUCAAACAAUCCCUGUCACUGUUUACUAACUUACAAGUAUUAACCAUUAAUUGUUCGCUUUGGGAAAUAGAUUGUUUUUCGAUCGCACAAAAUAUUUUUAAAGUUACUUUUGUACAUUAUGUUCAGUUAUUAAUUUGCUGUGUAUUUUUUUAUUAUUUUAUAUUAAGGUUAUUGUUUAGUGAAUUGUGUUGGCCCUGUAAUCUGACAUUACAAGUGCACUAAGAGCUGAAGAGGCCAGCAUUUUCCACAAUUAGUUGUGUUUCUACACUGUUGGUUUCAAUAGUACAGAACUAUUGUGCAGAUCUUAGACUUCAGUUUGCAUUUUCAGUGAACUAUCAGUGGCGUUUUACCUUAGCAUGUUGGUCUCAGUUAGGGUUUGCACCACCAUUAGCUCUCAAAGAGUAGAACCAAUCCUCCACUUCCUUUCCGAUCUAAUCUGUGUGAGUGUUUUUUUAUUGUUUUGUGAAUUAAGCAUGUCUGUGCAGAGGGAAAAGUAAAGUACGAUUGAGAAGAAAGAAACCGUUGGGAUGUUUGUAAUGCUGACUUGUUUCUUACUGUGUUUUUCAAGUUGUGUAUAGUAUGGUUUGGAAAAGGGCUUUUCUGAUGGGGUACAAGGAACUUGUGUUGCCUUACAUUUGGCUAAAAUGCUGCAUUAUGCCAUUUUGUCUGCAAGCACAAACAGGGAUAUGCAAAUGUUCCAAUUUCUUAUGCUGCUUUUUGGAUUAAGGAAGCGGUCUUGGAGAGAUCAGGCUGCAUGCAUAGCUUUAGAAGAAGGCCACAUGUCUGGAACUGAAUUUCUGAGACUGAAAAUGAGCUGGAAUGCUGAACUACAGCAGGGUUUUGAGAGCACUAUGGCUCCCUCUACAGUUUUUUUUUUUUUUGAGUAGUAGUAGUAGUUUUUUUUUCAGGCCAAUAAUAUUACUCAUGUCAAUGCUUACAAGGUCAAAACCGUUGCCUGCCAUUUAUAAUGAUAUGGGGGUUUCUAUAGCUUCUUUGCUUGAUUAUUAUUACCACAGUAGUAAAAUAAUUUAUAACACCAAAUCUGUAGAAAACAUGAAAAUAGAACACCAGUAUAAAAUUCCUACAGAAAAUGGGUGACAAAACACUAAACCUUCAAUAAACGGUGUAAAACAAUCUCUUUAAUUUCCAAGUAUUUCAUUUUUUUUUUUUCACUUUCUAUCUUUCUGUAUUUUAUAUAUAUAUAUAUAUAUAUAUAUAUAUAUCACUUUCACCUGCUUUCAAAAUAACAGUUAUAUUUUUCAAUAAAAAGAAAGCUGAUAAACAUU